CUUCUUCUCUCCUCAGAAUCCGCUUCCGGUGAUCACGAGUUUCGGCUCUUCCCUUUUCGCCGCUCUAGUCGUCUCCAUCCGCCUCUGCACCCCCAGCACGAGUCCCACCGCCUCCACCUCCACCAUCACCUUCAUCAGCACCCUGCCAGGUUAGACAAAGAGAUGCCAGCCGCCCUCCUGGGGUCUCGCUUCCGUCAGGAGCCCGGGGGUCAGCGAACCCUCAACCUGCUGGCGCGGCCCCAUCACGAGGUGCCACCGGAGCACGCUGUCGUGUCUGCACGCCAUCUGGUUACCGUGUACCUGGCCGUGGAUGUGAGGAGGCUGAACGCCAGUCUUCUUCGGUGGUUCCGCGAAGGUGUAGCGGCGGCGCUGGGCGUUCCCACAGGACACGUGCACAUCAACCGGCUGAAUGAGGAGAAGAAUGGCAUCGAGCUCUUCGUGUCCUCUGAUGGGUUGGGGAUCUCUGAGCCCCGCCCUGCUGAAGAGGUCAUCCAAUCACUGAACGUCAGGGUCCUUCACCGCCACUUGGGACACUUCGGCAUCACUGAAGUCGCAACUGAGAAGAACGUCCUGCAGGGCGGGCAGAGGGAUCACGUGUGGAGCAGAGAAGGUUUUUACGCUGUCGUCCUCUUCUUCACCAUCUUCGUCAUCGUCAUCACCUGCUUGAUGGUUUUGUACCGACUUAAGGAAAAGGUUCAGGUUUCUGACAGACAGCUGAAAGCUCCGCCCCCUGACCGCCACCUGACCCCGACUGUCCCUCCAGACCCCACCCAGAGGUUAAAGGGCACCAAGGCUGUGACGUCAGGAAGCAUGGUCCAAGCUGAGCUCCCUCCAACUGUCGCCACGCCCAUUCCCCAGCAGCAGCCAAUCGUAGCCUGCCGCCGCCUCGCCCCUCCUGUAGUCCCUCUGCCCAGCCCCGCCCUUGUCCCUGUUGUCAACGACCACGCCCACCUGGCCAGUUUUGCCCCGACGACAGCCAAUAACGAGCUCAAGCCCUGCCCCUCCCCCUUCAGGAUGAAACCUGCUGCAGGGCUGCAAGAAAGACGUGGCUCUAACGUCUCUCUGGUGUUGGACAUGUCGGCUCUCGGCGCAGUGGAGCCCCUUAACGUUACUGUGGUGACCCCCAGAGAGGCGGCGGCCAGGGAGUACCUGCUGGCCGCCGGCCGGCCCCUGGCCCGGCAGCAGCUCCGCGACAUCGUCAACAACACACACAAGCUGCACGCUGAGUUCGCUGAAAUCCCCAUGAAUUUCAUCGAUCCCAAAGAUCUGGACAUCCCAAACUACGGACCCAAGAACAGAUACAAGACCAUACUUCCCAACCCUCAUUCCAGAGUGAUCCUGAAGUCGAAGAGCUGCAACGACCUGCUGAGCUCCUACAUCAAUGCUAACUACAUACGGGGUUACCUAGGCGACGAGAAGGCGUUCAUCGCCACCCAGGGUCCCAUGGUGAACACGGUGAACGACUUCUGGCAGAUGGCCUGGCAGGAGGAGUCCCCCGUCAUCGUCAUGAUCACCAAACUGAAGGAGAAGAAUGAGAAGUGUGUUCUGUAUUGGCCUGAAAAGAGGGGAAUCUAUGGGAAGGUCGAAGUGUUGGUCAACAGCGUCAGAGAGUGUGAACAUUACACCGCUCGCAGCCUUACAUUAAAGUGUGGGAAUCAAACCCGCAUGCUGCAGCAUUACUGGUACACAUCAUGGCCCGACCACAAAACCCCCGACUCGGCGAUGCCGCUACUGCAGCUCAUGACAGACGUUGAGACGGACAGACGGACGGCUGCCGCCAUGGGACCCGUUAUCGUCCAUUGCAGCGCCGGGAUUGGCCGGACAGGGUGCUUCAUCGCUACAACGAUAGGCUGUCGACAGCUGCAGCUGGAGGGAGUGGUGGAUGUUCUGAGCAUCACCUGCCGGCUCAGAGCUGACAGAGGAGGGAUGAUCCAGACAGGUGAGCAGUACGAGUUCGUCCAUCACGCCUUGAGCCUGUACGAGACCCGCCUAUCUGCAGAAACAGGCCAAUGAGUGUGCGCCGCCACAGGAGGUGUCGACCUAAACCUGGAUGUGUUGUCAUAGUGAGUCCUUUAGCAGGUAUGAUCCCUGAGAUUUGGAAGUUCUCUUGAGAUUAGAAACAACUGGAAGAGGUCUUUUUAAGUUUAAUGGACAACAUGGACAACCAAUGAGUUGUGGGUGGAGCCUAUUGAAGGAAAGAGGAAAGGUACAUUUCUGGAAAUGAAAUAUAUCCGUUCUUCUCUGCUGUUUCUUCAUGUGUUGUUGGUGGGUGGUUCUCCAGAAGAACUGGAAAGACCCGCCCACUUCACUUCUCUCAACCAACUGACUGCUGGAUCGUGACGUUUUUAACUAACCAGAUUGUCCUGUUACCUCUUUUCUGUCAAGGAGACGUAGAAAUAGUUUGACUGAAAUUGAUGGUACUUUGUUUAAUAACACUGUUGUGUUUGUGUCUUUUUAGAUUUAAAAAUUAUUUUUUAAUGUGGGGUUCUUAUAAGAAAGGCAAUCACAAAUUGACUGUUAGCUGGUUGCACCUUUCUGUUAAGCUACGAUACAACUGUUGAACAAACCCUUCCAGCCUCCCUUUGUGACAUCCACACUCCGUACGAUACUCCGUGAUUCUGCCACGUUACAUUACCCACCUUCAAACCUUUGGGGAAGUCGAACAUUAAUUUUGACCUUUUAUCCUGAGGCGGGUUGUAUCAUCAAAGUUAUUUCAUCAUCAUCUCUUAAUUGUUAGAACUUCAUUUUAAAUGGCAUAUGUCAGAAAACCUUCAGCUCAAGUAACCUGAAAAGUUAGCUUGACAACUAGCCAGCAGAAACAUUUAGCAAACACAUUUAUUUUUUUAUGUUUUUAUGUUAACGUUACUUUCUGUUUAACCAGACAGUGUUGAGUAGGUGAGUCAAUGCUAUGGUUAGCAAGCUAACUAACUGACAUUAUCUUAAAACCCAUUUCAUUUGUAACCAAGACUAAUAAAAGUACAACUUUUGUGAUGCGAAUGAUUAAACCAACUUUAUAAUCUUUA